UCCCUAUAACUAAACUUUCUUCACCACUUCAUGAGAGCUGUGUUGAUGCUAUUGUUUGGCAAAUUCUUUUAGCAACCGCAAAAGUGAUGAGCACUAACCAAGACUUUCUUUCAGAGCAACGAAUGAAUGAAAAGUGUACCAUGAUCCUUAGGACACUUUCAUCGGAACACCUCGAGUUGGUUCAAGAAAUGAUAAACAAAAGCUUUAACCUUCUUCUUGAUGCUAAGCGAAUCCCUGAGGCCCUGGAGCUUACAAUAGAAUUUAUAGAUAAAAUAUUAAAGAAUAACAAUAUAAAAAAAGAAAUUAGUCCCUCCCAUGAAGCCCUGCUGGAAAAGACCUGCUACAUUGACGAUAAUGAAAUAGAUGACGAAAAUGAUCAUGAACCAUAUAAAUGGUAUAAGAUAGAGGCCAAAGGUGAUAAAUCUGCUAGACAAUUAGACCCUGAUGAAUAUGUCGUAGAAAUCAAGAUUCAGAAAAGCUCGCCUAAUAAAAAUAAAAUAGGUAUAGGGUUAGUAAAAACAACCAAAAAUCGGCUCAUAACAGUAAACCUAGCUGCAAAAGAUCCUUCGUACCUGCCGCUAUGGAUUAUCAUACAGAUGUUCGAUCCUGGAGGAACCUGA